CCCGAGAGACGCCCGCCGCUGCUCGGGGCCGCUGUAAGGCGGCCGGGGGCGUUUCCGGGCCCGGCGGCCGGACUGUCCCGGGCGAGGCUCGCCGUCAGGCUCCUGAGGCCGCUCUCUGCAGCCUUUGCGCGGGUGGCGCCUGGGGCCGCGCGGCGGGAACGCGCUCGGACACUGGCCGCCGGCACAGCGCUCGCGGGCGCGUCGGGGCAGUCGUGUCCACUUUCCCGUCUCCGCCGGCGUUUCCUUUACUGGCUGAUGUUACCGCGGGAGACACGGGUGGUCCAGCCUCAGAGAGAUCGCUUCCGCUGAUACAAAAGCCUGGGAAGUCCCCGCGCCUCCUGAGCCGGGGGGCCAUCGGGAGCCGGCCGCUUGUGAACACCGUGGCUUCCCGGGCAGAAUUUCGGUGCCCUUCCUGCUGGAUCACCUCAGGAAAAGAGAGGCUCACGAGGCUCUCCUCAGCCUCGCUUAGAGGUCUAAAUGGCCCUUGGAAACAGGAAGAAGAUCCUUUUAUUGAUUUUGUUCCAGACCAGACUGGGCCUCAGUUGUCAAAGGUCGUGCUGGUGGGGUGUCCAAUACGAGAGCAGAAUUGUUGCACGAGAAGAAUGAUGACAGUAAAUCUGAAGGUCGCUGAGUACUUGAACCCUCAGAUCAGGGCUCUGAGGGAGACCAAGGGAUCUGUGACAGAGAGCUCCAGUCAGCAUAAAAAAUAUGCCCCACAGGCUGACAGUCUCGGUCCUGAGAGGUCUCACCAGCACUUCCGGAGCUUCCGCUAUCUUGACGCAGCUGGACCCUGGGAGGUUGUUGACCAGCUUCAGGAAUUAUGCCGUCAGUGGCUGAGGCCAGAGAUUCAUUCAAAAGAGCAGAUCUUGGAACUUGUGGUGCUAGAGCAGUUCCUGACCAUCCUGCCCAGGGACACCCAGACCUGGGUAAAGAAGCACCAUCCAUGGAGCAUCGAGGAGGCUGUGGUCCUGGUAGAACACUUGCAGAGGGAAUGUGGUCAAACGAGGAAUGGGGUUGCGGUCCGUGAACUGGGGAAGGAGGCAGUGCUCUUGGGAGAAACAGCAGAGGCCCUUGGCUUCAAGCUGAAGCCAGCAGAGGCCCAGCCAGUGGGCAUGUCCCAAGAUGGAGAAGUUUGGAAUACACCCCAGGGUCUACAAGAGCCGCUGAGCAAGAAUACCCAGACAGAAACUGAACCAGUAUAUGAGAGGGAACCGAGCCUAGGAUAUUCAGAAACAGAAGCGAGAGAAAUGUCCUCUGGCUCUCUUUCACCCACAACGGUGCCUGCUCACCGGAUCCUAGCCUUUCCUGAGCAGACAAACAAUGAAGACUGGACAGUGGCACCUGGGCUUGUCUUGCCUGAGUCCCAGAGCUUGUUGACAUUUGAAGAAGUGGCCAUGUAUUUUUCCCAGGAAGAAUGGGAGUUAUUGGAUCCCACUCAGAAGGCCCUCUACAAUGAUGUAAUGCAAGAAAACUAUGAGACUGUCAUCUCUCUAGAACUGAGCCUAGGAUGUUCAAAGACAGAAUGGAGAGAAAGUUCCUCUCACUCUUCCACAGCGGUGCCUGCUCACCAGAUCCUAGCCUUUCCUGAGCAGACAAACACCAAAGACUGGACAGUGGCACCUGAGCUCGUCUUGCCUGAGUCCCAGAACUUGUUGACAUUUGAAGAAGUGGCCAUGUAUUUUUCCCAGGAAGAAUGGGAGUUAUUGGAUCCCACUCAGAAGGCCCUCUACAAUGAUGUAAUGCAAGAAAACUAUGAGACUGUCAUCUCUCUAGCAUUAUUUGUGCUUCCCAAACCUAAAGUGAUCUCCUGUCUAGAGCAAGGAGAAGAGCCAUGGGUCCAAAGAUCCUUGGAGUUCAAGGACAGUUCUAGAGAGCUGCCUACAGCAGGGCUAAAGUUCAAAAAUGACACUGAAAAUCUUCAGCCUCUGUGUCUUUCUGACUUAGAAAUACAAGCACCAGUAGAUAUAGCAUCAAAAAAGGCCAGAUUGAAAGUUCCCCAGAAAACAGUGGGCAAAGAAAAUCAUGGUGAUAUGCAUAGGGUGGGAAAAUGGCACCGAGAUUUUCCAGUGAAGAAAAAAAAGAAACUUUCAACCUGGAAACAAGAGCUGCUGAAACUUAUGGAUCUUCAUAAAAAAGAAUGUGCAGGAGAGAAGCCUUUUAAAUGUCAGGAAUGUGGGAAAAGCUUCAGAGUUAGCUCUGAUCUUAUUAAGCACCAAAGAAUUCACACCGAAGAGAAACCAUAUAAAUGUCAACAGUGUGAUAAGAGGUUUAGGUGGAGUUCAGAUCUUAAUAAGCACUUAACAACACACCAAGGAAUAAAACCAUAUAAAUGCUCAUGGUGUGGGAAAAGCUUCAGUCAAAAUACAAAUCUCCACACACACCAAAGAACUCACACUGGAGAGAAGCCCUUUACAUGUCAUGAAUGUGGAAAAAAAUUCAGUCAAAAUUCCCACCUUAUUAAACACCGGAGAACUCACACAGGUGAGCAGCCUUAUACCUGUAGCACAUGCAGGAGAAACUUCAGCAGACGCUCAAGCCUUCUUAGACACCAGAAACUGCACCAGUAAAGGGAAGCUUGUUCAGUGUCCUCAGUCUGAAGAAAAUCACCAAGUGGAACUUGACCUUAAAGUUAUGAAAAAUACAAAAUUAUGAAGCAUGAAGAAUUUUUCAUCAGUGGAAUUUUUCAUCAGGAAACUUUGGGAUAUAACAUGUUUCACAGAAGGAAUCUAGAUUGACUCUGCAGGGAAUGCAUUAGUAUUGCUACUUGCUAUUUUUACUAAAAAACUUUCGAGGAGUUCCUUAGCAGGAGAGGUGUUCUAAGAACAUUCCGAGUAAAGGGAAAAGCUGUUUUGGGAUUGUAUUUGGCAAAAUAGCAAAUUCAGCUUCAAAUGGUAGAUGCAGCCAUGAAUUAAUUAGUCUUCAGUGGUCACAGAGGUAAAUAUUGUUGGUUUGCAUUGAUUACCCCAGCCACUCUUAAACACAUAUGAUAGAAACAUUUGUAGCAUGGUCUUCCAAAACAAAAAGCAAUAAUAUGCAUGUUUAAUAGCAUACCAUUAUCUUCCAGAUUUACCAAUUUCAGUAAUCCCAAGGGCAGAAAUGAAUUCUGCUGUAAAAUUUCUGAAGAACCAAAUUGAAUAUUCUUAACUGUCGCAUCGUUGGGCACUGUUCACAAAUUUAAAAUUGUUUGAGUUCCUUGUUUAACUUUUUAGCAAAUUCAGCUCUUGAAUCCUGUUAAUACAGUUUUUACUGUGAUGAAAUCAUAUUUACUUCACCAAUAGGGAAUCUGCCCAGGUGAACUAAUCACUAUUUUAUGCCUCUCUGGUGGUAGGCAGAAAAGGGAGAACACCUCUGAGAAGGAAAUAAUAUGGAAACGGGUUGGGAUCUUUAGCCAUGUAAAGAAGAAUUUUCUGGAGUAAAAGAAACUAAACUGUUUACUUACAUCACAAUAUCAACCGGAUAAAAUAGCCAUGAAAAUGAGCACUUUUCCAAGGUGUAAAUGGAAAUUAAUGGGAAUUCAGGAUCACCUUCUCAGGUUUUUGUCUAUUUGCAUUUUAACUUGGCUUUUGUUUGUUAUUAAAAACAGGGAGAGUUAUGUUUGUCUGGGAAAUGGAGUGUUUACUGCACCGGGAUCCUGUGGGUCACUGGGCAUGUUACUCUGGGAAUCCAGUGAGCAAGAGACCAAGUUCCCAAAAGGAAAGAUUUGGGAGCUGAUGGCAGGGGUAGACAACUGCUCAUCUAUAUUGGUUAACUUACACUGUAACUGUGAAACAGGCAGGGUCAUCCUGUUUUCUCCAUUGUAUCAUGUUAUAGACUUAGGUUACAAGUUUGAUAGGCUACUGAAAAUCGAUAGGCUGUGGAUUUUCUUAUAACUCUCCCUUUUAUCUACAACUAGAGUGAUAUCUACAGCUAGAGUGUCUAGGUGUCAUCGGGAAAGGAUCUAAAUUAUCUCUUCCAGAUCUUUUUCUAAUCAAGGAAGUUAGGCUCAAAGAGAUCCAGAGGCUUGUCAAAACCCCGUAGCCAGUGCGUCUGUUGGCUGUCACUUAGCUGCAUCAGUCAGGCCUGAAGACAGGAUAAGUAAGACUGAUCUCUGUGUUGUCCCUGCCCAGCCAGCCUGGAUGACAUUGUAUUGUAUCUAUUUCUAGCUUGUGAAACAUUCCUGUUUCUUGAUUGGUUACUGAAACACUCUUAAAUCUCUGUUUCCCUAUGAAAUGGAGAGAAUGCUCAACUCAGGAUUUUCUGGGAAUUAGAGGGAUUGAUGAAGGAAAAGCUCCAAAUGUCCUGGCCGCUGGUAGGGUCUCAGUCAGUGUGUGUGUUUCUGUCCCUUUCCCCUGGUCCCUGGUGAUAUACUGGGUGGACUGACUACAUUAAAGGAGCAGAUGCAUUUGUGGCUAUUGCAGUUCCUUCCAGGAGCUGAGCACUUGUGGUGGCAGUUUGCUCAAUUGAUUUGGUCCUUGGCUUCAGUGCUUUAUGGUGUAAGUCACCUGAGCUGUUGGUCUGGCGCUCUCAGCAGGAUUUCAUUUUCUUCCCUGAGAUGAACUGUACCAAUAUACCAAUGUGCUUAUUUCUUAAAGCACAGCCAGCUCUGCAGCUCUGGUCUGCAUAGAUGUUACCCAACAGUCUCAGCCUUACACCCCUGGGACUCUGUCUCUUUUCCCAAGACAUACCUAUGGAUUUCUUGCUGACGCUACAUUCAUUCAUUCAGUUUAAUGAGGGCCCAGGUACUCUUCUAAACCAGGGAUAUAGUAGUGGACAAGACAAAAUGCACAUCCUCAUGGAGUCUGAAUCUUAGAGAACAGUAAGAAGGGAGUGGUUAUCCCUUUUUGUUCUUUGCAGUCAGACAGGGUCCUGAGAUAGUUUUGAGCUGUGGGUUGUGAGCAGAAGUCUCACUUCUUGGCUGAAGCAUUUGUUUAUUGGUGCAGGACUCUUGUGCCGUCUUUUCCUGCCUCAGUCAUGUAAGCAUAUACAGAGAGGAGUCACAAGAUCAGAGCAGUCGGGAAUGCCGAGCCCCCCACAUUGGGAAGGGGUAUCUAUUCUAGGGACUCCCCUAGUCCUAUGAUGGGCUUUGUAGGAAAAAGAAAUGAACUUUUGUUAAAUCACUGGGAUGUUGAUGUUGUGUGUUUCUGCAGCAUAACCUGCCCCAUCUUGUUAGAAAUGCUAAAGCAGAUCCAGCACUUGCUGGAUGACAUAUGUUAUCCAGUAGAUGUUGACAGUCUUCUUGAAACAGGAGAGCUAUGAGCCUUAGGAUGAAACCAACACCAUAAAGAGCAGAGUGAUAAAUAUUCAGGUUUUAGAAACAUCAUUGAGCUAUAGGAUUAAGCAUCACCUGCUACCUAGAAUUGCCCCGGACUUUUCAGCUACAUACAUCUGUAUAUUUCCUCUUUUUGUUUAAGCUGGUGUAAUUGGGAUUUCUGUUCAUUGUAACUGAAAUCAUUCUAAUACAUAGAGCAAUAGCUGAUUUAAGAUAAUGUAUGUAGGACAGGAACAAUGUUCUUAUAUAUUCCUAUUUAAAAGAUUUCAUUACGGAAAUUAUCAACAUAUUUGAAAUAGAGAAAGUAAUAUGACAAACCCCUGUAUAGGUGUUGAUAUUUAUCCCUUCCAGUUUUUGUUUGGGGAGGGUGGGUGGUUUGUUUUGGAAUAUUUAAAGCCUAUCUCAGACAUUAUGAUAUUUCAUGCAUAAAUAGUUUCAUUUAUAAGAUAAACAAUUCUUGACAGUCUUUGCCCUAAACCGUCUUUGAGAAAGAAUUCCCAAAGAAGAAUUCUCCCUCUUGUGGAGGCCUUCUCUCCCACAAGAGGCAAGAUUAAUUGAGAACAUGGGAGCUGCCUUUGUCUCCCUCAAAGGGCAGCCAGAACUUGACCAACUUCCCAAGAUGACUUUCUAAGAGGACCCUCUUGGUCUCCCCACUGGGGUAUUCAUUUAUGAGAACAACAGGCAACCCAAAUGCUUCAUAAUGAGGGUGGCCCAGAAGGAAUACUAGAUACCUGUAAUGAUCAUCAGAGCAAGUUAUUAAUAAGUUGAAACUUCAUAAUCCAGUGCUAACUUUUAACAAGCCCCAGAGUGAUUCACUCAUUAAGAGUUCAGUGGCAACUGGUAAUUGUUGGUUUCCUGGGAGCCACUGAAGAACAAAAUAAUAAUAGUAAUUACUCUCUUAACAUUUUUAUAUAGGACAUUUCCCCAGGAGCUCAAAGUGGCCCUCAUUUACCUACUUUAAUUGGUUUUCUUUUUUUUAAUUGAAAUUAUGUGUAAAUGAAUACUAAAAACAUUAGAAUUUGUUAUAAUUCCCUCUGUUCCCAUUUGAUGGUAUUUCUUUUUAUUAGCAUUUAACCAUAGCAUUGCAGUAACUGCUAAGAUGAAAAAUGAAGUGGAAAUUUAAUAUUCCUUUUCUAUUUCCUUUCCCAUUUGGCACCAUACUUCCUCUUAAUGAGGAAUUUUCUCUCCUUUUCUUUGGUUGGUGUCCACUCCCUUGAUCCUCUUUCUGGUGUUAUUCUAAGGUAAUUACUGUGUGCUUCAACUCCUAGUGCUCUAAUAGUCAAGAAAUGUGGUGCAACCUGCUUUGAAAGAUCCCUUUAUGGCCAAUUUAACUUACCAUACAUUAUCAUUUAUAAAUAUCAAAUUAAUCAACAAAGUGUUAUUUGCAACCAGUAUUCCUGGUGCCAUAAGCUAGUGUUCAUCACCUGCAGUUCCCAAAUUGACACUUACAUUAACCUGCUGCUAAAAACUGGUUCUGUCUUUAUCUCUGCCUGCAGAUGUUUGCUCCCUAAGACUUUUGGCAAGAU